CUCUAUACUUUUACCUCAUAGCAAAUCGUGUGCUUGCCUGCCGUCUUCUACUUUUGACUUCGUCUUCGUCCCCGACGUUGUAUCUCGAAGAGGUUUAGGUUCAAGAGUUAACAUCAUAGCCAAGGACUUGUACAAUACACCACGUAACGAUUUUAAGUGGCGUUCAAAGUUUCCUGACGCCUGGGAACCCAGCCUGCUGUGUCGGUCGCGUGAAUUUUCGCCUGGAUACUGUUACUACAUAAUGCUUAAUCUUCAGUACGCAGAAGCAGAUAGAAAUAUUAAAUUUACCCUUCAAGGCAGGAGCCUAAAGGACAUGCUUGAGUUGAACAAGGUACAUCCGGAUCCAGCACCACAAGUUCUGCCUACCUACUCAGUAUCAGAGGAAAAAAUGACCUGCGACGAUAAUCACGAACUCGGCAAGAUUCCAAAGACAAAAGAAGAACCCGGGAACAUCACAAAUAUUGAAUCACAGUUGAAAGAAAGGACCUCACGGUGCACACGCCGACGGAUAAUUUUCUCUGUAGCAGUCGGGGUCUUCAUUGUAAUCGCUGUGACCGUUCCAGUAGUUUGCCUUACAGUUGGAUGUCCUCCAUCAAACAAUACAACAUCGAAUGGUACAAUGGAUCAUCUCCAUGUUACCAUCCUAACGACAUUUACAAGUAGCCCUCGAACAACAUCCAAUACGAUUAAUCCCGGAAGUAGUCAACAACCGGUGUCCGAAACGUCACAUCCUCCCACUACAAGUACUUCAAAAGCAGAAACUUCUCAGCAAACACAAGGCAAUACAACAUCUAGUGACACAGAUCCUACGACAACAACAACUCAGGCAAAGUCUUGCAGUGACCAGAACUUAUUUGAAUGUAAUUCUACCGGAGAGUGUAUCUCUCGGGAACUGCGAUGCAACGGUAUCAAUGAUUGUGUUCCAGAUGGGGAAGACGAGAAGAACUGCCCGGGUAAGACCAACACUUAA